CCGCCAUCGGACCGCUCUUAAUAUCAAUCACAUGCGGAAGAAGGGUUGCGGGCUGCGGGUGGAUGGAAAACGGAUUCGGAUUUCGGUGUUUACAUGCGUAGAGCAAGCGCAAGAUUUGGCCAAUUAUGGCGCCAACAGGUGGUCCUCUUCUAUUACCGCGGAUUUGGUGGAUUGUUUUCGCUAUCUUCAUUCCAUUCAUGCUCGCUGAACUGCCGAUGAGUUUGAAAAACUUAGCCGUUGAGAAUGUCGACAUUACCGAAUGCUCCGACGCAGUGAGAGGCUACGUUCCCAACAAACCGCACUGUUACUUCAAGCAGGAUGCCGGCAGUUUGGUUUGCUUCCGCGGUAUGGAUUCUCGCAGAACUAGUCAAAACCGCGCCUUAUCCAAUCGCACUCGGCAGCUAAUCCUGUGCCAGUGGCCUGCGGGCAGCUUCGAUCCCCGUGAAUUGCUAGAUGUGGUUCCAAACAUGGAAACUUUUGCGAUUACCGGCGAUAGUCUGUGGAAGUUGAAAGGCGAUUUUCCUGCGUUUCCUUAUCUUCGUGCGAUAAACAUAACGGGAACAAAACUGAACUACACUAGAGACAGCGCAUUUCAACAAUUGCCGGAUUUGAAGCUGCUAAAUAUGCGGGGUAACGCUUUGGUACAGAUUGUACCGUUUAAGUUUCAAAGCAGUCACGUAGAAAUUUACUUGCAAGGCAAUCCAUGGAACUGCACGAACGACAUGAUUUGGCUACUGGAAGAGCAGAGCGGUUUCUACGUUGAUAAAUCCACACUGGUUUGCAAGGACUGGAAAUAUACCGGCCGGCCGAUGAUGAUGGCCAUGGAGUAUAAGCGUGUCCUGCGGGAGCAUUGUCGUCACGAACAACUGCAAAACUGCACUUGCCGUAUUUCGUAUCUUCGACUGUGCGACAGUGGAACGUCAUUCCAUCCGCUGGUCACUGUCAACUGCACCGGAAAGCAGUUCUAUCGGUUGCCGAGUUAUCUGCCGCCAAAUACCACGGUGCUGCACAUGUCGAAUAACCUAAUUAGCGAUGUUAGUCAGUUGACGGUCGACGAUUACUACAAUCAAGUUCAGGACAUUUAUCUGGACAACAAUAAAAUUAGCUCCAUCGAUAUCCUAGAGGAUAGCGUAUGGUUGGAUAACUUUCGGAUAUUUAGUCUACGUGGCAACCAGAUUAAUAGGAUUCGGGUUUACAGUAUGGAGCACGCGCUGGAACGAAACCCCCACGUGGGACAACUUUUCCUGGCCUACAAUCCGUGGCGGUGCGGGUGCCGGUUCGCAACCCGGAUGCAGGAAUUUCUUCGCAAGCACGAAUCCGUGGUCGUCGAUUCGCGAAACAUCACCUGCUACACACUUGACGAGGAAGGUCACAAGUCCUAUCUGCCGGUGAUGACGCUGACACCGAACGAUGUAUGUCUGGUGUCCGAGAAAAAUGAAGCAGCCAUUUACGACAUAUUGAGUGUAAUUUUUGCAUCGCUGAUUUUGCUCAUCAUCAGCAAGCUGGCGUAUGAUUAUUACAUCUAUAGAAAGUACGGUAAAUUACCGUGGUUGAUAAUGAAAAUGCCAUGAGAUUGUGUACUCAUACCGAGAGUAUGAAUUGUCGUUUUGUGAUAUCGGCGCUGUGACGCCGUUCAUGUUGCUCGAAUAUGUACUUAAUUAGGAUGUAGCAUGUAUUUUGUUAAAAUAAGAUAGUCAAGUUUGCUGGAAUCGAAAAUAAGAUAUGUUAUUGAUUAAACCAAUUAGUAAAUGAUGCAAAUAUUAUCAACUGAUUUAGUGGCACUAAACAGCUAUUUUCAUUUAGGAAAUUUUGGUUGAAUUGUAGUAAAAUUAACUGUUUAUGUGACAAUGUUACUCAAGUGUUAGUAAAGAUCUUUGAAAUAAUCAGACCAUGCCUGCUACCUCUUUAAAUAACUACCUAUACCAUCUCUGUAUUAGGAAUGUCACUGUCAGUGUAUUUUUAAAUUUUUGUUUUAUAUAAAUACAAACAGCGGUAUUAUUGGUUAUGUCAUCAAAAGAUUAAAGAUAUCAAUUCUUACGUGAUAACAAUUCUACAGUAUCUUAAUAGAGCAGUUAAU